GAGGCGGAUGACGUCAGCAGCGGUGCGUCCACGCCGUGAGUAUUCGCUGGUUCUGGUUCGGACACAGUCCCGGAAACCCCGCAGCGGUUCCGUCCAGCCCGAGCCCCUCCGCUUCCCCGGAGAUGCGGUGACGCCGCGCGCGGUUCUGUCCCGCAGGCUGAGGUCCGUGCCCCCCCCACCCCACCCCCACCGCGAGGCUUCCGCACAGUGGACCUGAAAGAUGGAUGGGAACUUUGGUUACUCCAGAGAAUACUUCGACCGCUUCGUGCAGAGCCAGGACUCCUCAGUGGUGAACAAGUUCCAGCAGAAGUACUGGAAGACCAAACAGACCUUCAUCAAAGCCACGGGGAAGAAGGAGGAUGAACAUGUGGUGGCGUCGGAUGCCAACCUGGACGCCAAGCUGGAGGUCUUCCACUCCAUCCAGAAAACCUGCAUGGAGCUGCUGAAGGUCAUCGAGCAGUACCAGAGGAGGAUCUGCCUUCUGUCCCAGGAGGAGAACGAUCUGGGCCGGUUCCUGCGCUCUCAGGGGUCUCAGGACAAAAGCCGGGCUGGGAAGAUCAUGCAGGCCUCGGGGAAGGCCCUGUGCUUCUCCUCCCAGCAGAGAAUGGCUCUGAGGAAGCCGCUGUGCCGCCUGUACCAGGAGGUGGAGACCUUCCGCUACCGGGCCAUCUCCGACACCUGGCUGACUGUGAGCCGCAUGGAGCAGUCCCGAACCGAGUACCGCGGGGCCCUGCUGUGGAUGAAGGACGUGUCGCAGGAGCUGGACCCCGACACGCAGAAGCAGAUGGAGAAGUUCCGCAAGGUUCAAGGCCAGGUCCGCUCCACCAAAGCCAGCUUUGAUAAGCUAAAGAACGACGUGUGUCAGAAGGUGGACCUGCUAGGGGCCAGCCGCUGUAACCUCCUGUCCCACGUCUUAACAACCUACCAGACGACGCUCCUGCACUUCUGGGAGAAGACGUCCCGCACGAUGGCAGCCAUCCACGAGAGCUUCAGACCAUCUGAAGUCUCCACGCUGAAGAACACACAGGAAGUGACGGGCAGGUCGGCUCAGAAGGAAUCCAGGAAGAAACCUGCAGCAGGAGGGAAGGAGGAGGCCGCCGAGGAGCUACUCCUCCCACUGACAAACGGAGAAUCCUGUGAUAAAUCUGAACCAGAGGAGGAGGAGGAGAAGGACAACCUGGCCCUCCUCAGCGAGAUCCUGGGUUCUCUGUCUGCCGACGAGGGGGACUUCUCCCGGGAGUGGACGGAGGUUUUUGGAGACGAAGGAGCGAGCUCCGCCCCUCCUGGACCGCCGGAGAAAAGCUUCUUACCGUCACAGCUGCUGGAUCAGAGUUUGUCUUCCUCGACAGACUGGAAUGACCUCGUCCCACAGCCCGUCGCCCCGGCUACCCCAUCAGGAGCCAAUCCGAGCGUCUCGAAGGCUAAAGAAGCGGCGCCGGCGGCGACCUCGGACCGCUUGGCGUGGUUCAACCUCUUCGCCGACUUGGACCCGCUCUCCAAUCCAGAUGCGGUGGGCAAAGCCAGCGGCGAGCAGGACCUGCACACGGCGUAGCUCCUACCCAGCAUCCCUCGCUCGAGCGGUACCGUCUGAAUGCAAACGGCUGUCACUGUGCCGGCGUUCUCCUCCACGCCGCCCACGUUCAUGAAGAUCAGGGGUUUCACUCAGAGAAUCAUCUACUAAUGAAUCCCUUUCUCUUGACCAAUCACAGCAGCUGGAUGUUAUCUAUGGCUGAUUCCGUCCAAAACAUCUGACUUUUAAAGCUUUAACGACAUUAAUGAAACAAUUUUAUUUAGUUUAGAUCCUGGAUGAUGCGACUGAGGAUUCUAACCCAAGAAACUAAUCAAUUAGUGAUAUUUUUUCCAUCAUCCCAACAUAAAAGAUCCAGUUUGGGAGCAGAAGAGACGACUUCUUCUUGCUGAAGUCAUUUUAGCAGAAUAGUCAGAAUAAGUCAGACCUCAUGGACCAACAGAAUCUUGUUCUGAAGUUCUUGGAAGUGUCUGAACACCAGAACCUUAAAGGGGCCAUACCAUGAAAAACUACUUUGAGCUUUUAAGACAGGAGGGCCAAAAUCCAAAACACACCUGAGGUCACGGCUUUAUAGAACUACAUUUUUAAAACCGUAACUUUUUAA